AUGGAAGAGGAACGAAAAAAAAGAGAAGAAUUGGAAAAAGCGUUAGAGAAUCAAAGGAGAACUGAUCAACAAUUACGUGAAUAUACCGAAAAACAAAGUGAAGUUUGGGGAGAAGAAUCAAAAAAACGUAAAAGCAGAAAAUUUAUAGAUUCUGAUAUUGAAGAUGAUGAACCUUUUCAUAAG